GUUUAACGCGGCCACUCUGCUCCGGUGACGUCACAUGUAAACACUCCUUACCAUAUGAAACACUCCGAUGGCCAGCUGCAGGCCGAGCUGCGAUGUUUCAGCUCAAAAACCGGGCCAGAUACAGCUCGCUGGGUGUCGGCGCUGCCAGGCUGCUGUCCUCCGGUCCCGCCGUGAACCCCGUAGUGUUUCUGGACGUCGAGGCCGACGGAGAGCCUCUGGGAAGGAUUGUCAUUGAGUUGAAUGCAGAUGUCGUGCCAAAAACGGCAGCAAACUUCAGAGCUCUCUGCACAGGGGAACAUGGCUUUGGAUUCAAAGGAUCUGUGUUUCACAGAAUUAUACCUGAGUUCAUGUGUCAGGGAGGUGAUUUCACCAAGCAUAACGGCACAGGAGGAAAAUCUAUAUAUGGGAAAACAUUCAGAGAUGAAAACUUCAAAUUGAAACAUACUGGACCAGGAACUCUCUCUAUGGCGAAUUCGGGGCCGAACACCAACGGUUCACAGUUUUUCAUCUGCACUGCAAAAACUGAAUGGCUGGAUGGUAAACAUGUGGUGUUCGGGCAGGUGAAGGACGGCAUGGAUGUGGUCACACAGAUGGAAUCUUUCGGUUUACACGAUGGAGGUGUGAUCAAGAAAAUAGUCAUCACAGACUGCGGGGAGAUCAAAUAACACCUGGGUGUAUGCAAAAACCUUUCAGAUGACUCAGUAUGCAACAAUUCAGGAUUUACUCUGUAUUCCCUCUGAUAUUCAUGAAAUUUUGAAGGCGGUACUCUCAUAGGUGAUUCAGUUUUUUUUCUUAAAAUCUGCUCUUUUUACUGUUAAUUUAAGUUUUACGAAAGCCAGAUGUUGAAUAUGUAACACUCACGGUCAGGUGUGAAAUGUUUCUAUUCUGUUUGUGUUUAUAAAAUCAGUAAUAAUGAAAACACUCGGGCUUCUAAUCGUCUACAGCCAGCUUUGACCUUGACUGGCCCGCUUUGUGUAAAAGAACUAAGCCUUCAACUAUGUAAAAUUAUUGAGCAAUUACUCUCAUUUACUGACAAAUAAACGGCCAUUUUCAGAUUUUACGAGCUCUCAGUCGCCGUACAGGACAUUUGCUCCCUUGUGCCACCAGCCCUGCUGGUUUUAAGGCUUCCCGGAAAUGAUCCAGCUGCUUUUUUUAGAUCCAGACUCCAGCAUGACUGACUUCCCGUCCAUCAGAGCAGGAUGUCGCAUCCACCUACACUGGGGCUGAAGAAAGAAAAAAAAAAAAAAUUCACUUGGCAGUUGAUGGAAUAUUAGUCUCACUGGACUCAGUCAAUACAGAUGUUUCAAUCUGAGGAGCUUGAAAACAUCUUCAGCCGCUGU